AUGUCAGCGCCCGGGAUAUCAACAACGCGACACCAUGAGGUAGAAAACAUCGAUCGAGUCUGCAGAAAGGCCGGAUACAUGCCCAACAUGUUAGCCAUAUCUAAAUACCUCCCCUUCGCACCCUCCACGACGACGGCGCAGGCCUGCUCUUACAUGUUCGCCGUUUGCCUCUUCUCGAUAUCCUUCCUCGUCUUUCUCAAUAGCAGCGUUUCAUUCGUCAUUACCGACCUCUUAGGCGUCAAGGAUGGAGUCGGAGAUCUAGUUGGGACACUUGGGUUUGCGGAUGAGCUGGUGGCAUUGUUCGCAUGUCCGUUAUGGGGAAUUCUGUCAGACCGACUGGGUGUACGGAUAGUCUGUGUUGCGGGAUACACUAUCGUCGGGCUGGCCCUCUUCAUAUUCGUCCAGGCUCGCAAUGUAUACCCCCAGCUUCUGUUGGCAAGAAUCUUGUUCAGUGUGGGCGGAGCUGCUACGGCGACUAUGGUUACAGCGAUAUUACCAUCCAUGACCGGGGGAGGCCAAGAGAGCAAACCUUACAAUCCGGAUCAUAACACCGAUUCCGAGACGCUGUCAAAUGUUCGAAACAGCAUAUGUGCAUCUGUCAACUCCGAAGCUACUAUAACACCCGCAACUUACAACAAUAGACCGAAGCCUAGAAGCAAUGGGGCUGCUAAAAACCCGACCGAGAAGGCCUCAGCUAGUCCACCAAGGUUGGCAGGUCUAGUAGGUGUUUUUACGGGUUGCGGUGCAUUGGUGGCGCUGUCCAUAUUUCUACCGUUACCGGCCCAGUUCUCCCAUAGGAAAGGAAUCACACAAGGACAGGCAGUCGCAGAUAGUUUCUAUGUGGUUGGAUCAGUCUCGCUGGUGGUGGCUUGCCUGUGUUUCUUUGGACUCCGAGGGCUACAAGGGGAAGAAGGAAAGGGGUUGAAUUUAUUGCUUGGAAAAUCGCCAUCUUCGGAAUACGAGCCAUUGGCUACGGGGGAGGACCAAAGAACGACCAGAGCCCCAUUCCUCCCCUAUUGGCGGUUGCUCUUGGACUCUACAGUCCUAGGAUUUAAGGAUACUCAGAUAGGUCUCGGUUACCUCGGAGGGUUUGUUGCGCGAGCUUCCUCAGUGGGCAUCUCCCUCUUCAUCCCUCUAUAUGUCAAUGCCUUCUUUAUCCGAAAUGGGUUCUGUCAGGGCUCUCCUAACGAUCCAUCUCCCGAGCUCAAGAAAGAAUGCAGGGCAGCUUAUGUCUUGGCUGCCGAAUUGACAGGAGUGUCACAACUAGUUGCACUUCUCUGUGCGCCUUUAUUCGGAUAUUUUUCUGACAGGUAUCGCCGGUUCAAUGUGCCACUUCUAGUAGCAAGUGUCUUUGGCAUUAUCGGCUACACAGCAUUUGCGAACCUGGAUAGCCCCGAACCUGCAAAUGUGAAGGACCGAGGUGGAAGCCCUACAGUGUUCCUUAUUGUUUCUAUGAUUGGAAUCAGUCAGAUAGGGGCGAUUGUGUGCAGCCUUGGGCUACUCGGCCGAGGUGUUCUCGGAGAUGAAGGUGGCUACAAUCUAUCCCGCCAGCUUCCCGGUGCUCAAGGUUCGACGACUCCGCUCCCAAACGAUGCCGGUGAGACGGCGCCACUUGUUGGAUCGACGACCACAACUAAGCAUUCACGAUCCAGGAGCCAUUUGAAAGGUUCAAUAGCUGGUGUCUAUUCGCUAUCAGGCGGAGCCGCGAUUCUGCUUCUCACGAAGCUUGGAGGCUAUUUGUUUGAUAGUCUCUCGACAGGUGCUCCGUUCUACAUGAUGGCUGUAUUUAAUGGCAUUUUGCUCGUUGUAGGUAUCGGUGCUGGCGUCUAUCGGGAGCUUAGAACAAGGAAAGAUUGA